AUGGGUAGACCUAGCAAACGCGCUGCUCAUAUGAGACAGCACCGUUUAAAUGAGACAAACGAAGAAAGGGAGAAACGUCUAUCUCAAAAGAGGAAAUCUACCUCAAUUGACAUUUCAAAAGAGACUUGUGAAGAGCGCAAAAAUAGGCUUUCAAUAAUGCGGGCUUACAUGAAAAAAGUUUUGUACAGGGAAAAUAUCGAAAAACGUACUCUCCGUCUCGGCCUGAUCCACGAUCGCCUAUCGAAUGUGACGGAAGAACAACGUGCCCACCGCCUCGGCGUGAUCCACGAUCGUCUAUUGAAUGAGACGCAAGAGCAACGUGCCCACCGCCUUGGCAUGAUCCACGAUCGUCUAUCAAAUGAGACGCAAGAGCAACGUGCUCACCGCCUUAGCAUGAUCCACGAUCGUCUAUCGAACGAGACGCAAGAGCAACGUGCCCACCGCCUUGGCAUGAUCCACGAUCGUCUAUCAAAUGAGACGCAAGAGCAACGUGCUCACCGCCUUAGCAUGAUCCACGAUCGUCUAUCGAACGAGACGGAAGAGCAACGUGCUCACCGCCUCGGUGUGAUCCACGAUCGUCUAUCGAACGAGACGGAAGAGCAACGUGCUCACCGCCUCGGUGUGAUCCACGAUCGUCUGUCGAACGAGACGGAAGAGCAACGUGCUCACCGCCUCGGUGUGAUCCACGAUCGUCUAUCGAAUGAGACGGAAGCGCAACGUGCCCACCGCCUCGGCGUCAUCCACGAUCGUCUAUCGAACGAGACAGAAGAGCAACGUGCUCACCGCCUCGGUGUGAUCCACGAUCGUCUAUCGAAUGAGACGGAAGAGCAACGUGCCCACCGACUCGGAUUGAUUCGCGAUCGCUUAUCAAACGAAACACCUGAAACUCGUUCAGAUCGACUUAGUAGAAUGCAACAAGCUAAUCAAGCUUGUAGGGACAUCACAAAUGAACAAUCUUUUGAAGCGGCUAUUAAUAUUUUUGCUGAUGUACCAUGCGCCGUUUGUAAAAGAAGCCUUUAUCCUCAACAGCGUUCCAAUUUACGAGCAAAUAUGUAUAGUAUACUAUUACCUGAAGAACUGGUUGCUUUAGGUACAAUAACUACGUGCUCUCGAUGUAGCAAUAAUAUUAGGAAAAGAAAAAUUCCAACAACUGCAUAUUGGAAUAAAAUGAUGCCCGCAGAAGUACCGCCUGAAUUAGUCAAUUUGACGAGCGUUGAAGAACGAUUUUUAAGCCGCAUCGUACCGUUUUUAAAGAUUGUAAAACUUAAUAACCGGUUCAGUCAAAAUUGGUUUAAAGGGCAGGUCAUUCUAUUUGCAAAGGAUGUUGUGGAAAUUGCUGAACAGUUACCACUGACACCAAAUCAAGCUGGUUUAGUUUUGGUAGUGGAAAGUCUCGAGAACCUUUCAUGUUCUAAAGAAUUCGUCGUGGAUAUGCAAAGACUGAAUCGAGCAUUAACUUGGUUAAUUUCCAAUAACCAUCUUUACAGCGAUGUUCAGGUACAUUUUGAAACUACUUUAAAUAUUCCUCAUAUAUUACAAAUAGCUGAAAAUUCUAUUCCUGAACAGGAUGGCGUUGCUUCUGAAACUUUAUCACAACAUUAUAUCACUUUAAAUGACAACAAGGCAAUAUUACGCGGAUCAUUUAAUCAAGGUGAUUUACGAUUUAAUUUAUCUCGGGGUAAGCAAUGUACUGGGAUAGCGGCUGUUGCUUGUGCAGCAUUUAGUGUAUUAGAUCCAAACAAGUGGGCCAAAAGUGAUAUUGAUUACAUUGUAAUUAUUGACGAUAAAUACUAUAAUGACUGCAUCGCUGCUAGAGAUAAUCCUGCGCCCGGCGAAGUAAAUCCUGAGUACCUUGCUGUUUCAGAUCUUAGUCCAAGACUUAUAUAUAAUAGACAAAAUUUAGUGAUCACAGUACUUGAGGAAACCAAUCAUAAUGGCCACAUAGACAAUGAUAAUACUUCCGAUGGAUUUCCUAAUUUAAAAAAUGCAUUAUUAAGUUUUUUCAGAGAACACUCCAACGGGAUACUUACAGCAAACGCCAUAUCGAUAGCAGUGCAUUGCAGAACUUUAGGUGACAAUCAAACUUACUUUUUGUUUGAUUCCCAUGCAAGGGGUCCCAAGGGGGCUUCCGCUCCCAUAAAUGGUACCGCUUGUUGCAUGCGAUUUAGUGAACUGGAUGAUUUGCAUGCUAUUUUACGUCGCAAUUUAUUUGUGUCGCCAAAAAAAGUGCCAGAAGGAAACUUUCGAGAUAAUCUUAAUGUAUUCUCGUUAACAUCAUUAGUUAUAGCUCGAGACUCCCAAAGACAAACAAUUACGCCAAUAUUGGAACAAUCGUCAAGGUUAGAGAGUCCAACAUUUACACCAAACUAUUCCCUCCAACCAAUAAUACAAACAAGUAAUACCCUCCAAACAACAACACAAGUCAUUCAGUCUAUCCAAAAAACAGUUCCGGUAAAAUCAACCCAUUUUCAGUUGCCAUUACCAGUCCAUAACUCCUUAAGCACCAUUUAUAUCGAAUCAACAGGUAUGCUCCAAAAUAUAGACGUUAACGUACCUAAUUUAGAAAAUGUUGUUAAUAUGAAUAGCUCUUCAACCGAUGAUACAAUGAGAUUGGCCGCAAUUACAAGGAAAACUGCACCUCCCUUGAAUUUGGAACGUGAACGCCGUAUGGAGGAAUUAUGUUGGAUGCGACAAGGUCAUGGAGAGCAAACACCACAGGGACUUGUAGAUAAUAUGCAUCUCACUAUGAGAAAUAUUCGAGGAUCGGCAUCAUAUUGGCAGAAAUGUUGCUCUGAAUUGAUUGCCAUGGUUAGAACUUUAGGGCCUCCCACAUGGUUUUUAACAUUUUCCUGCAAUGAUUUAAAUUGGCCAGACAUGAUAAAAGCCUUGCUUAUCGCUGAUGGACGUGAUAUCGAUGACGUCGAUCGCCUGUCAUUCCCGGAGCGCUUGAACCUAGUGCAAAAACAUCCGGUAGUGUUAGCACGACAGUUCACAGUACAUGUUAACGCUCUCAUGCGAUUCUUAAAGAGAAAUAAAGAUUGCUUGGGUGGUCUUAUUGAAGAUUUUUGGUACCGAGUGGAGUUUCAAAACCGCGGUAGCCCACAUCUGCGUAUGUUAGUCUGGUGUAGUAAUGUUCCGAAUUUCACCACUCCAGAAGGAGUUGCUGUAAUUGAAAGGGUGGUUUCAUGUUCAUUAACUCCUAAUGACCUUGUGUUGCGCAAAUUAGUUGAGGAUUUACAGAUUCAUAAACACACUGCGACAUGCAAAAAAAAUCGCCAAACUGAUGGUUGUCGAUUUGAUUUUCCAAAGCCAGCAAGUGUUAACACCGUUUGUCUUGGACCAGAUGAAGCACUUGCUAACAAUGGACGAUUUUGUAUAUUGAAACGAACCUCAAAUGAAACCAUGGUAAACAAUUACAAUGCAGUUUUUUUAAAUCUAUGGAAGGGAAAUAUUGACGUGCAACCGUGUGGUAAUGUCACCGCUGUGGCCUACUACGUCGCAAAAUAUGCCAGUAAAUGCGAACCACAUGACACAGGUGAUGUAAUUCGAGAAGAUAUUUCGAAUGCUAAGAGACAAGGUGGUGAUGUUUGGAAACAAUUGUUUUCAAUAUCAAUGACUAUUUUAAAUAAACGCUUGGUGAGUGCGCCCGAAUGCGCUUACAGAUUAUGCCAUUUUCCAUUGAAAAUGUCGUCGCGAAAGACUGUUUUUGUGAAUAGUUGCAGGCCGGAGGAACGUUACAGACUCCUGAGAUUUGAUAGUGAUGAAACCAGUAUUUACAAUAAUAUUUUUGAUCGUUAUGUAUUACGCCCAAACGAGCUGGAGAAUUUAAGCCUUGCGGAAUUUGCCGUCCGUUUUGAAACCGUCUCUAACACGACAUGGUCAGAGGACAAUGGGGAUGCGGAACUGAGAGACGAAGAUAUUACGCCAGAGAGGUAUAUCAGAUUGCAGGACAAUACGAGAUUGCGUGUAAGAAAUAGACCGGCAGUGUUACGUACCCGCUAUUAUACAAUUAAUAGUGACAAAGAAGCAUAUUAUUACAGUUUAUUAGUAUGCCAUAUACCAUUUCGUAAUGAAGGCGAAUUACUUUUCGAAAAUGAAACCGCUGAAGACUGUUUUAUAAGACCAAAAGGGGAUCUUCGCCCGUUGCAGGGUGACAUCAGUUCAGAACAAAUUGGUCAUGCCGAAUUAAUUAUUCAACAAGCUGUUGCGCAAGCUACCGCGCUUAAUGCUGCGCGUGAAACCGAUAUAGGCAAUGCUUCCAUGUUAUGUGUUGGUGAAAAAAAUUUUACAUGA